AUGGGCGGUGAAAAGAUACACAAAAAUGAUGCCACUGAUGCUGAUAGCAAUAGUAGUGAUAAUAAUGGAGCAACAUCAUCUAAAUCAACGAUUUCCCAUGAACAACUGGCCGAAGAUGCUUUGAAAACAUUAAAGGCGGUUGUUAGUGAAAGUGGUUGGACAAAAGAAUUAACUCAUAGAAGUGGUGUCAAUGUCUACUCUAAAAAUAAAAGUAACAUGCCUAUAUACAUGGGUACUCAUGAAAUCAAUGGAUUUGAUCCUCAAGCUGUGUUUGCAGUAAUUGGGAUGAGAAAACUUUGGGAUGAAUGGUACGAGGAGGGCAAUCUUGUAGAGAAUUUAAAUGAUACAACAAGUUUAACUUAUAUGGUUUUGCAAGGUUUAAGCGGAUCAAAACCACGAGACUUGUCAUUGGUGGAAAAGAUAGAGUGUACACGUAAUGGAUCGAUUUACUUUGUAGCAAAAUCGGUACAGACCGACAAAGUUCCAAAAGUAGCUAAUAGAGUCAGAGCAUACAUCCAUUUGAACGGAUGGGUUCUCGAACCAAUAUCAAUCAACCCACCAAAAACAAGAGUCAGCUAUGUACUACAAACUCAAAUUAAAGGCUGGAUUCCUGUAUUUGUUGCUAAUAAAUAUUUAUCAAAACGUCCUUUAAUCCUAAACACUAUUGAUAAGUAUUUGCAAAAAAAUGGUCCACCUCCAACGCUUAUCGGUUCUACACCACCUCGUUCUCGGUCUCCAUCAUUUUCUGUCGAUUUAUCAUCCACUGAGUCUAGACCUUUAUCUUUAUCGACAGCUGAAGAUAGUGCGACGAAAUAUCGUAGAAGUUCACAAAGGAUUUCCUUUCCUGAAAGUGAUAUUAGCAUAAAAAUGAAUUUGAUUAAUGAAUCUGCCGCUUUCAAAUCAAUCAACAUCAAUGGCGCUGAUAAGAAUUAUAACGUUUCAUCAACUAUUAUAAACAGAUCAUCAAAUAGAUUAUCAAUUACAUAUAGCAAUACUACUGAUGAUGAUCAAAGUAAAAAUGAAGAAUCCAAACAACUUGAAAAUUUUAAUGAAAAUAUUGAUUAUUCGGAAAUAAACUCACAACAUGAGAGAAAUAAAAGUCGAACUAAUCGCGAAUCCUUAUCUCAUCAAGAUAAACUAAAAUUACAACCUUUACAACCUUCUAAACAAUCAACUAAUUUUGAUAUUGCUAGUAUCAGUAAUGAUAGUUCUUUAGAAAAUACAGAUUCUCCUACUUUGCCAAAAGGUUUCGCACCAUUCAGACAAGAUGAUGACGAGAAAGAAGAUGAAUAUGACAAUGAUCAAAAAGAAAAUAUCAAGGAGAUCAUUGCUAAAGAUCUUCAAGAAGAGAUCAUAACUCAGCAAAAGGAUGUAGCUUCCUCUUCUUUUUCCAUCUCAGACCAAUAUAGCGAGGAACAAUCGCAACCAUCAUUAAAAAAAUCAAAAAAAAGUUCAUCGUCCUCAAGAAAGAAACAUAAUCACAAAUCUACUUCUAAACCAAUAGAUAAUCCAUCAUCAUCAUCCAAACUAUACCCUGCAACAUUAAAAAACAAGAAAACUCAUCGUCAUAGCAACGCGUUGAAGAAAGCCCUUGAUAAAUUUAAAUCAGAAUCAUCUAGCUUGCAAGGUUGGAAUUUAUAUUCUGAAAAUAAAGGAUUCAAGAUUUAUAUGAAAGAUGUUGUUGGUAAAUCUACUCCAUUAAUACGUGGUGAAAUGGCUAUCACUGGUGGUUACACUGCUGAAGAUGUCUAUGCCAUUGCUUACAGUUUAGACAUGAAAAAACUUUGGGACGAUCGAUAUGAAGGAGGGGAAAUAAUUGAGUUUUUGAAUGAUUAUGAUUGUCUGGUAAGAGUAGCAAUGAAGGGCACAUUUCCAGUCAGUGGCCGUGACAUGUCAUUGGCUGGUAUGCUUGAUCGUGAGGAAGGAACAGGGAUAAUUCGUUACGUAACAGUCUCAGUAAACGAUCCAUUAAUACCACAGAGUAAAAGACAUGUUAGAGCAGAUUUACAUUUUGCUGGCUGGGAAUUUAUUCCAACUUAUUUUGAUUCUAAUCCUAACAGGAUCAAAUCAGUCUUUUGCAAAUAUAUAGUUGACAUUGAUAUUAAGCUGGCCACUGUUCCCUCCUCCAUACUAAAGCAAUUUUCAGUACAAACACCAAUAGUAGUUUUGAAAAUUAAUGAAUUAUUGCACAAAAUUGGUUAUCCGCCCUACAUGUUACUGGAAUCAUCCUCUUCUACAGCUUUAUUACCUGACCAAUUGGACAUUAAGACUUUUGAUUACGUGACAACUAUCAAAGCGUUUCCUGGUGCUAUUGCAGAAAUUAAAUUUUCCAAGUUAAUGUAUCCAAAUGGAUUCGAUAUAUCAUUUGAAUGCCACAAUGAUAAUGACGUUAAGGCUGAAUUAUUAGCUAAUGAUUCGGAAAUUAUUCGUAUAACUAAUGCUGAUACUAGAGGUUAUAAAUUAACUUAUAAUAAUGGCGAAAAAAUUAUUCCUGUUGUCCCAAAAGAGAAAAUUGCCAAGACAAACAAAGAAAAAAUUGAUAAAGAAAGACUCAAAAGUAGCAAUAAUCAUGAUGAUAGAAUUAAAAAUAAAAACAUUAACAGUGAUAUUGAAGAGCCAUCGCCAAAAGAAAAUAAUAGUGGUGACGAUGAUAACGAUGAUAUUAUCGAUGCUAUUAGUAAUAGUAAGAGUAAUCUAGAUUUAGAUAAUGAUAAAACACUUGUAUCAAAAAAUAUAGACAUUAUCAAUAAAAUUAAUGAUGAUGAUAGCGAUAAUAACAAUGAUAAGAAUAAACAACAACAUAAAAAUAGAAAAUCUGUAACAUCAAUAUCAAGAAUUUCAAUUAGUGAACAGACAUUUAUUAAACAAAAAAUAAACAGCAGAUCUUCACUAAAAUCUGUGACUACUACAACUACCGAUUUUGGAAAGAAAAUAUUAAGUACCGACAAUAUUGGAACAACCAGUAAUAUUACUAAAUACAACUCUGUACCAGCUAUAUCAUCACCUUUAUGGAAUGAUGAAAUAAAUAACUCACAAAUUGAAAGGAAACCACUUUUAAACCUUAACAAUACUAAUAAAAGUGUUGUUAGCGCCAAUACCAAUGCUAUUCUUAAUACUGACACUAACAACAACACUGUUACAAAUAUCAACACAAAUAAUGCUGUUAAUGCUGUUGCUACUAGUGAUAAAGGAUUCACAAAGAUUAUAAUUGAGUUCAAUACACAACAACUUGUUAUGAUGAUUUUAUCAAUGGCAAUGUCUUAUUAUGCUGGAAAACUUAGUAAUUCCUGCUAA